UACGUGUUGCCAAAUCGCACUCGCUGAAAUCCGCUCGUUUUUCGGAAAUAAUGUAAUAGACAUUCUAUUGAAGUUGUAAUCCAAAUCCAAAAUAAAAGAAUGCUAAAUUUAGGUAGUGAAAUGGUUAACAUUUGGCUUCAUGCCUUGUUUACACCGGUAGUGCUACCCUCCCCCAUUUUUCACUACGUAUCCAUCCCCCAACUCCUCCUCCUUCUCCAUCCUGCCACUGUUUCCAACAGCUGAUUGCAGAUAAAGAGAAAGCCACAGAAAGCUUGGAGUCCACCAAAAAAAAACAGGAGUUGAGGGGGAAAACAACACAACGAUGGAGGACUACAACGACCCACACGCAUCCAAAAUAAUGCUUGUUUUGGUCAUUUAAGGUGGGACGCCGCGGCGCUAUGAGCCGGCUUUCACAGCAGCGGAUUCGCUAAGGCUAACUUUACAAACAUCAGUAGAUAAGAAGCGUAGUCAGUUUACGUUCUCUUUAUUAGCGCCGAGACGUUUUAACAUCUAGAUAUAGCUGUUUAUAAUGGCGUGAAUUUGCACGUAUUUAUACACAACAUAACAACACACUUAAGUCUUGUAACGUAACUGUUUUAAUUAGCCGGUUAACCAAGCUGAGCUAAGGUUAGCUAGCAAACAAAGAUGAUGAGCUAGAAUUGCCUUGCCAAACAAUUAGGUUACCAGACCUAUAGUUCUGUCUCCUAAAGCGCUAUCUGAAUAAGUAUUUAUGUGUGCACAUUCAGGUGUGUUGACCUAGUAAACCGCAGACAAUUUUCGUACAAUUAGUUGUGCAAACUAGCGUUAAAUUUAGGUUAGUUCGCUGUCCUGUCGCAUAGUAUGUCGAUUAGCUGACUAGCUUAGCUAGCCAGACUACCGUUUAUGGUCUGGCCAGACAUACAGACGGACAGACAGACCGCCGUGUCUCAAUGAUUAUUUGGUUCCCUUGCUUUAGGGACUAUGCCAUAUGCGCCCUCUGUAGUGUCUUAUUUAGCUCAAAGUAAACCCGAACUCACCGUAGCUACCUCACCGAGCCUUUAGCUAGCUAAGAUAACCAAGUUGUGUGUGUGCAGGAGACUAUGAGCAACUCCAACAGUAUUUAGCUGCGUUUGUUGCUGUCGCGCGCGAGCAGAAUAAUGGCGUUUUAACGCACGUAUAUUUUAAUUGUUCGCAAUUUUAAGUAUUUUAAUGGGAUUGAUAAGCGUGGCUGAACGUAGCCAAUCCUCCUGGACCGCCGGCUCGCUCUAACAGAAAUGGCCUUCCAUGGCUCCGCUCGGCCCGCUGUGUGUGGAAACUUGUUCCCAGCCUCGGAUUUGGGCCACAAAUAUUUCUGCGUGAACAAUUCAGGAAGUAACGCAGCCUGCAGCGGCUUAAACGGCUCCCAGAACCCAGCCGGGCCCAGUCAGCCGGCCGAGACCCCGCGACACCCGUCGACUAUCGGAGGGAGCACAGGCGGAGGAGCAGCGGUGCCUCAGCCUCACAGCAGCCCGGCCAGCGAGGUGCCCUGCCCGGCUGAGAUGGAGCCCGACAGGCCGAUCGGCUACGGAGCCUUUGGUGUUGUGUGGUCGGUGACGGAUCCCCGGGAUGGACGGAAAGUUGCUCUCAAGAAAAUGCCGAAUGUCUUCCAGAACCUGGUCUCCUGCAAGCGCGUCUUCAGGGAGCUCCGCAUGCUGUGCUUCUUCAAACAUGACAAUGUGUUGUCUGCUCUGGAUAUUCUGCAGCCUCCACAGAUUGACUGCUUUGAAGAGAUAUAUGUGAUCACAGAGCUGAUGCAGAGUGACCUGCACAAAGUCAUAGUGUCUCCUCAGCCUCUUACCACCGACCACAUAAAAGUGUUUCUCUACCAGAUACUCAGGGGCCUGAAAUACCUGCACUCUGCUGGAAUUCUGCACAGAGACAUUAAACCAGGGAACCUGCUGGUCAACAGCAACUGUCUCCUUAAGAUUUGUGACUUUGGGCUGGCUCGAGUUGAAGAGCCUGACUCCUCACGUCACAUGACCCAGGAAGUGGUGACGCAGUACUACAGGGCCCCUGAGGUUCUGAUGGGCUCGCGGCAUUACGGGUCAGCCAUAGACAUCUGGUCUGUGGGCUGCAUCUUCGCCGAGUUACUGGGCCGCCGAAUCCUCUUUCAGGCUCAGAGCCCCAUCCAGCAGUUGGAUCUGAUAACUGAUUUACUGGGAACUCCUCCACUGUCUGCCAUGGCAUCUGCAUGUGAGGGUGCUCGAGCACACAUUCUAAGAGGACCUCACAAACCGCCGUCACUGUCUGUCCUGUACAUGCUGUCAGACGGAGCCACCCACGAGGCUGUUCAUCUUCUGUGCCGCAUGCUAGUCUUUGAUCCAGCUAAGCGGAUCUCUGGCAGCGACGCGCUCUCUCACCCAUAUCUAGACGAGGGCCGCUUGCGGUAUCACACAUGCAUGUGUAAGUGCUGCUACUCAGUACCCAGUGGCAGAGUGUACACCCGGGACUUUGAACCUGCUGCAGAGAGGCCCUUUAGCCACAGCUAUGAGGAGAGCAUGCUUUCUGUCUGGCAGGGCAAAGAGCUCAUCCAUCGUUUCAUCACUGAGCACCAGCAGGGCAAAAGAGUGCCUUUGUGCAUCAACCCCCAGAGUGCAGCCUUCAAGAGCUUCAUCAGGUCCACUGCUUGGCAUUCCUCUAAAGUAUCGAGGAAAGAAGAGAGAUGAGAUGAGGAGUUUGUUAAGAUAGGAGUCAUGGGAGAUGUAGUCACCUAUAGGAGCAUGCUUGUGCUUGAGAUGAAUGACUGUUUACAUUUGGUUUUUGUCAGAUUAUGUAGGUCUGAAUGCCUAGGCUUGGUGCUAAGUUUGGCACAGGAUGAACAUCCUAACAUUGUCCAAAAAAAACCCUACAGUACCUAAUUCUGUAGACAUUCUUUCAAUAGUGACAGUCCAAUUAUGCUGCUGCGAACAUUUUAUACUGACUGAGCUUGAGGAUUAUGGAUACUGAAUUUCAGAAGAAACUCCUUUUCAUGGAUUGAAGACAGAUAAGCGUUGUGGUGGUGAUGGCACAUGUGUGUGUGUUGAAGUCCAACAAUGUUGUGCAAUACCAAUAUGUGGGGGGAGGUUUCAGUAUUUGUGGGCUUCAAUUGCCAUUCAGACUUGUUCCUGUUGUUAUGUUUUCUGUCAAAAGUCUUUGUGUUCCUUAACUGUUCUUGCGGUAAUUAGUUUUUCUCACAAGUUCUUCCUUUAUUUCCUGUAACUCUCUUUUAACCAUAUUUCCAGUAUUGCAUAGUGUCAUACGAAUUUGGGUUGCUUUUUAUUUCAUUAUGUUACAUUAAACUGAAACACGGUGAUUUUAUAGUUAGAAUGCCACCGGUUUUCCUCUCACGUGACUUAAUUGUCACUGGAUUGUAGAUUAAGAUGCUGUGGGGAUUAUGAUCACGUAGUCGUAUAGGUGCUUUUGUAUGUGUAUGUACCUCCUCUAAGCAUUAUGUGUAAGGAUUUAAAUUUUUAUUUACUUUUUGAAAGCUGAACAGCUUUUUUAAGGUUAGGAGGGCGUGUUAUUGAACUGACUUUGUGUAACUGAAGCUAGAACAUGUACACUAAAGUGAUGCAUGAGGUGUGUGAAUGUGUGUGCGUGUAUGUGUGUUUGCGUUGUCCAGGAGCGGAGAGCGUUUAGGGGACGUGCAGUGUUGUGCUAUUUCACAUUCAUUACCUCACAUAAAUCCACUGUGCACUGGCUGAGUGCGCUCAGACUAAACCCAACUAUUAACCACGUACUGUACAGGGAUCUGUGCUAAUCACUGAACCACUAUCACUACAAAUCCCCUUUAUCUGUCUGUCUCUCUCCCUCCUAGCUCUGGCUGAUGCACAUGUCUCAGAUUGCUUUUGGAGGAAAAUGCUGCUGUUCAUUUGAUUGACGUUUUCACUUCAGUCAUAACUAGCGUUGAGCUCAGGUUUCAUAUCGCAGACUCUGCUGUAAACACACAGGGACACGUGUCCGGGCCACAGUGGCCCGUUCCUGGUGCUGUGAACUGAAAAGGACCCGUUUUUGCUCUACAACCUCGAGACUCGUGCCUGUCGACCACCACUAGGUGGUGACGAGCACACAGAGCACUGCUGGACAGACACAGUUCAGGAGUCAGGAGUUCAGGAGUCCAGUGAUCUUACAACCCCUUGUGCUGUUAUUUAAUUUGGUCAUAGGAAGAUAUUUUCCUAAAAUAAUAAUUCUACUUUUAUGUCAAUGCAUUGUGACCAAUUUUAAGUUGUUUCUUUUAAUUUUUUUUUCUUUUUCUUUCUUAAGGUUUUGUUGUUUGACCACUUUGCUAUUGUGUUGGUAGAAGAACUAGAAGUGUAGUGACAUGAAGAGAACUUAUGUUGGUCUAGGAUUUCUUGUACCGACUGCUAACUACAACGUGAGGAUGUUUUAAUUAAUGGUGAGAUUUGCAUUAGUCUUGAGCUCAUAGAAGUUAGACAUUUUAUGAUGAAAAAAAGAAAACUUGAUAUUUGUGUUGAUAACUAUUAUGGUUAGUAAUAUCAAACACUUGUUUCAAAAGAUGGCUGUUUGUUGUUUUUUGUUAUUUAUUUUUUGUCAUUUUAUUGAAAAAUGUUUUUGGACUUUGUGUUUACAACAGAUGCUUGAAAUUUUUAAGGAAAAAAAGUGGUUUAGAGUGGAACUGUCAAUAAAGAAUGAACACUGGAGACAAAGUGCCACGUCAACUGAA